AUGACAACGUCUAUCAUUUCGGGAAGCAAAAUGUCUUCGUUUACUACUUGUCUUCUUUUCUUCGUGUUCGUUGGAAUAGUAAGGACUCAAGAUUUUACGUUUCCUUCUGACGACGGUUAUUAUAAUUCAUAUCCAACUUGGAGAAAUAAUAACGGACACGUUUCGGCUGAGUCCAGUGCAAAUGUAGAUCAUUACGGACAUACCGAUGCUAAGUCAAAUGCAAAUACUCAGGGCAAUGAUGGAUGGGCAGAUUCUUGGUCUAAUGCAGAGAACAACCCUCAUGGUGGAUCUGCGGAAGCUGGAUCAAAGUCAGGUACUGGUAAUCGAUAUGAUAAUUCAGGAUCUGAGGCAAGCGCUAAAACGUAUGUCGAUGAAUAUGGUAAUGCUCAUGCAAAAUCAGAGAGCCAUGCUCAUAGUGGUUCUGGAGGUAGCAGCGCAGCUUCAGCUAGCGCAGCAGCAGGAAUAAAUAAAUUUGGACAACCGGUAGUCGCUACUGGUACUGCAGGCUCUUCUGCUGGACCGAAUGGUCUGAGCAGCGCUAUGUCAGCAGCUACUGCUAUUGGAGGAAACAAUCAUCCGAAUAACCAAGGAUAUUACAACUAUCCGCGAAACAUUAUGCCUUAUCCGUGGCGUCAUAAUCAAUAUUCUUUCGGCUACAGAAGCGGAGUCGAUGAUGCUGAUGAUGAUGCUAAUGAUGACAGCAAAGCUCAACCUCAACCUAAACUAUAUCACUAG